CAGGGAGGGCAAAUAGGGCGGACGCAUAAAAAGUGUAGGGACGGUGGAUGUUGGAUCAGUUGGAGCCCGGCAGUCCUGCGCACCGACGCUUCUGGAGUCCGACAGGAGACUGAACCCUGGAGCCGGCCUCCCCUUUCCUCAUGACCGUGUCGAGGUGUCACUAAAAAGGAUUAAACAGCCAAUAAAAAAAAAAGAAUUUAAAAACUCCACACUUCUCCUUCAAGGCUCCAUUUUUUUUUCUUUUGUUUUGGCUUUUUGCUGCCCGGACUGUUUUUUUUAUUUUUUAUUUUAUUAAUUUUUUAUUUUUUUUUUCGAUUGAUCCGAGGAUCCCUGGACCUCUACUGAUGGAACAGGGUCACUCCAACGUUCUCCUGCAGCCUCCUAACACCACCUAACGUUUCCUGGAAGAACSUGUCCACUGCCUGCUCCCAACAAACAUGGACUGUUUCCCCAUGCUUUAUUUUCUGUCGAGACAUCAUGAUUCCUGGUAAUCGAAUGCUGAUGGUCAUUUUAAUAUGCCAAGUCCUGCUGGGAGAGAGCAACCAUGCUAGUCUGGUACCUGAAGAAGGGAAGAAGAAAGUACCUGGCCUGCAGGGUCAUUCGGCCACUCAGAGCCAUGAACUGUUGCGGGACUUUGAGGCCACGCUGCUGCACAUGUUCGGCCUCAAGAAGCGGCCGCGGCCCAGUCGCUCAGCCACGGUGCCGCACUACCUGCUGGACCUCUACCGGUUACAGUCGGGUGAGGCUGAGGAGGUCGGAGGGCACGGCAUUGCCUUUGAGUACCCAGAGAGGUCAGCCAGUCGGGCCAACACUGUGAGGGGCUUCCACCAUGAAGAGCCCAUGGAGAGGAUCCACGAGCUGGGUGAUGGAGAAUCCAUGCCUAUCCGCUUCCUGUUCAACCUCAGCAGCAUUCCAGAGGACGAGCUGCUGUCUUCUGCGGAACUGAGGCUCUACCGUCAUCAGAUUGAGGAGGCCCUCGCCGACGACCUCUUGGACGAGCAGCGCCUUCACCGGAUAAACAUUUACGAGGUGCUGAAACCCCCGCGGCCUGGCCAGCUCAUCACGCAGCUCCUGGACACGAGGCUCGUGCGGCACAACGCGUCGCGCUGGGAGAGCUUCGACGUCAGCCCCGCCGUGCUGCGGUGGACCCGCGAGGGUCGUCCUAAUUAUGGACUGGCCGUGGAGGUCCUGCACCUCAACCAGACUCCGCGCCACCAGGGCCGCCACGUCCGCAUCAGCCGCUCCGUGCACCAAGAGCCCGGGGAGGACUGGGGGCAGCUGCGCCCUCUUCUGGUUACUUUCGGUCACGACGGAAAGGGUCACCCACUGACCCGGCGGACCAAGCGCAGCCCUCCCAAACGGGGCCGUAAGCGCAACCGCAGCUGCCGCCGCCACGCGCUGUACGUGGACUUCAGCGACGUCGGCUGGAAUGACUGGAUUGUGGCGCCCCCUGGUUACCAGGCCUAUUACUGCCAAGGGGAGUGCCCCUUUCCUCUGGCAGACCAUCUAAACUCAACCAACCACGCCAUUGUUCAGACACUGGUGAACUCUGUGAACAGCAACAUUCCCAAGGCCUGCUGCGUACCAACAGAGCUCAGCGCCAUCUCCAUGCUCUAUCUAGAUGAACACGACAAAGUGGUUCUAAAAAACUACCAGGAAAUGGUGGUGGAGGGCUGUGGCUGCCGCUAGCACACAAAGCUACUUCAUCCUGGACCCAGAGUGGUGACAUGAACAAAAGAAUGUGGACACCAGAACAAAUAAGAAGACUUUUUUUUUUUCAAAAAAUGUUCACUUGGACCCUUAUUUAUAACUUUUAUGAGGUGUAUGUUUGUCUCACUU